AUGCCGACGCCAUCAGGAACUCUACCUACACGUAAAAGACGUGCCAGCACGUCUAUGCCCACGUCCUUACCGAGGGCAAUUCCCAAUAUUUCCCCUACACCACUAUCACCUCCGUUAUUAGCAUCACCUACUACUGCAGCAGCUCUAGUUCUCGAUGCAACAUCAGACGUUACUCUAGAAAUGGGGUUGAAGGAUUCACCUGCUUUCAGAGCUGCACUGUGUGUGUUUGAUGAUGAAUUGGAAGAAGCGUCUAAAUGGUUGGAUGGAUUGUGUAAAGGGUUUAAGAAAUAUGCUGAUGAACUUAUUCACAACAAUGUGACGAUAUCUGGUACAUCAAAGUUGCUUGGUAACUUUUCCACUGCAGGAUGGCUAGGAGAUGAGACCGAAGGCUUAUUGCGAUCGUUCAGUGACGCACUCCAGACCAAAACCUCACUAAGAGCCAAGCUGGUGGAUGAUUUGCACGAACAAGUUGUUGAUCCAUGUCAACAAUUCCUGAGAGACGAUGUUCGAGAAAUCAAGGAAUUUAGACGAAAUUUUGAUAAACAGAUGGAAAAGUAUGAAGCCGCUUGUGCUAAACAUGCUGCUAUACUGAAAACUAAAGAGUCGAGCGCUUUACGAGAAGAUGAUUAUCAAUUCUACGAAAGCAGAAAGGUCGCCAUUCAUCAAUGUUUGGAAUUGGCUUACAGGAUGAUUUUGUUCAAGUCAUCACUCAAUCACCUGCUGACUGACCAGAUACUGAUUGCCACCGUUGCUCAUAACGACUUUUACGAAACAAGUUUCGAAGUGUUUCGAGGCUUGAAGCCUGCUCUCGAUGGGCUAAAAACCCGGCUUGCGAAUAGCCCUGUAUCACUCACCGCCAACAAACUGGAAGUCGCUCGCAAAGGCAUGGAGGAAGAAUCCAUCUCCAAAUGUAAACCAGCUAUAAAGCCAGCAUCGAAUGGAAGUGGCAGUAGUACAGGCACUGCUACUAGCAGAGACAUUGGAGAUGUGACAUCCCUGCAAACAUCGCCAACUCCAAACUCAUCAGCACUACCAUCAGGAAGCGGUACACCAACAUCAGGAGCCGUGACUCCACGAAGUGUUGCAUCACCUGCUCAUUCAAGCACCCCAUUCUUUGACAGUUCGACUGUCGCUUCACAUUUGUAUGAGAAAGAAGGGUAUUUGUUUAAACGAUCCGGACAGAAGUCGUCUCUUGUUGUUCCUACUUGGACGAGACGGUACUUUGUGGUCAAGAAUGGGAAUUUUUGGUAUUCUGUUGCAACGCCUAGUGGUAAACAUCGUGGAAUAGUCAUGUCGACCAGUCCUGUGAAUGUGCUCUUGUGUAAUAUUCGGAUGGCGAAAGAUACUGAACGCCGGUUCUGUUUCGAGGUGUAUACUUCCAGAAAAUCUUUCGUGCUACAAGCAGAAACGGAAGAAGAUUUCAUCGACUGGAUUGAAACAUUUCAAUCAGCCAAAUAUCACGCUGCACUUUCAGAUCAAAAGAAUGAUGGAGUUGGACCAAAGACCGCUGCACUGAUACAAGAAGGCAUGGAAUCAAGUCUACCGAGAUCUGUUGUAUUAGCAGCUACGAAUGAUGAAGCACAGGAUGACGAUGCUGAAUCUGACGAUGAUGGCGAGAAGCUUCAUAAGGAGGCACAAGUUACUCCACUUGUUGUUCCAAACGGUGUUCCGGAGGAAGGAGAGGCGAAUUUGGGAGAUAAGAAUCCUAGUUCAGAUUUACUAGCUUAUACGGAUCACAGUCUGGAAAAGAAGAAUGAGGAGCUACAUUCAUUGUUGAAGUCAGUUCCUAGAACUGAUUAUGUUCUCGAUGUCUAUUCUUGUGCACUUCAGAAAGAUGUGAUGAUACAAGGACGGAUCUUCAUGACACAGAAUCGAAUAUGUUUUCAUUCUAAUAUUGUUGGAUUCAUCACUGUGCUGGUCAUUCAAUUCCGUGAUGUGACUUCCAUAACAAGAAAAUCAAAUCCAUUUUAUGCUACUUUGGUGGUAAAUGCUAAUGACGCCACGCACACAUUCAAGCUGUUUAGAGGGGACGAUGUUAAAACAGCAAACAACAUGAAACUAGUAUGGCAAAAUGCUGUCAACACGACAAAUCCUGCGAAAUUGCCAGACCUUUUGGUUGCACUAUCACAAACCAAAGCAGAUGACAAGACAUCUAAAAAGAAUGACGAUGGUGUUGAUAUUGUCGAUGAGCCUAGUGGCGAUAAGGAGCAGAGCAAGAAGGGUGAACUUUCAAGUGGUUCAACUAAUGCGUUGGCUGAUGAAUUCGCCCUACCUUCCAACAUAACACCACCAACUGCGGAACAAACUUGUGACUGCGCUGCUGACGCACAUCAUGAAAAGCGUGAAGUGGAUGCUGUAUUGAAUCUUCCAGCUCGACGACUCUUCGAACUCUUGUUUGGAGCUACUGACUUGGGCUUUAAUGCCAAAUUACAUACUCGUCGUGGUAAUACGGCUCUGGUGGUCGGAGCAUUCAGUGAGUCUGGGGAGAGGGAGGUCAAGUAUGUUAUUCCUGUUAGCAAUCCUAUGGUCAAGGUCACCAAAGCUGAUACCUUUGAGACUCAAAAGAUUGUCAGAAGAGAAGAACACCUUGUAUAUGUAAUUGAAACCAAGACCAAAACACCCGAGCUGCCGUACGCAGACGCAUUCACUCCUCACAUGCGAUACUGCAUAACAUGGGUAUCAGCAACAUCUUGUCGUCUAGUAAUAACCUACGGCGUCAAAUUCCAUAAAUCACCGAUGGUCAAAUCACUCAUCAAGUCAGCGGCCAUGAAAGGACUAUCUGAUACCGCAUUGGCCGUUCUAACAGCCGUGCGAGAAACUACAGCCUCUGGUACCCCACAAGCAAUGAUAACGCAGGACGGAAUGAUAACGAGUAGCUCUUCACCUGUAUUAUUUGCAGCUUCGAGCAAUUCUCCUGCAUCGCCUGCCAUGUCGUCGAAUGUGGAUCAGCCAUGGUCUUCUUUGACUUUGGCUUUGACUGGGUGCUUGGUGCUUUCGCUGCUCCUUCAUAUCGUGUCGUGGUGGAGGAGAACACCGUUACCUAUCUUACCGAAAGUGAUUGUUUCCUCAUCCGUUUCCACUGGCUUGGAGUCGUCCGGAUUUGAUUGGUAUCAGCAGUUAUUUGAGCAAGCUGAACUUGGGUUUACAGAUAGACCUGUUUAUGAGCGCACAAUUGGGGACUUUUUAUCAAACCACUUCAAAAUCCUAACAACAAACACUACCUCAUCAACUCCCCGCUACCUUACAACACAGCCAGACUAUGCACGAACAGCACGAAGACACUACAUCACCAACUUGCAUCGAGACCUUCAUUCCCACCUUUCGUCAUCCCACCACACACUCCUACAAGUUCGACAAGCAGCUCGACACACACUUGAAGCGACAAACAACAUGGAAGCAAACUUGAUCAGAGCUUGGCUUAGCAACUGGGUUGCUGAACAGUUAGAUCAAUGUCGAAAUGGGGAUUUGGUUAAUAGGAUGUAUUGUGAUGGGUUGACUACGCUUGUGAAGGAUAUGGAUGUCGUGUGGUGA